AUGUUGAAAGUGGAACUUAAGAACAAAGAAGGUGGUUACAUCGUGUUAGAAGGUGGUUACAUCGUGUUAGAAGGGGGUUACAUCGUGUUAGAAGGUGGUUACAUCGUGUUAGAAGGUGGUUACAUCGUGUUACAAGGUGGUUACAUCGUGUUAGAAGGUGGUUACAUCGUGUUAGAAGGUAGUUACAUCGUGUUUGAAGGUAGUUACAUCGUGUUAGAAGGUGGUUACAUCGUGUUAGAAGGUGGUUACAUCGUGUUAGAAGGUGGUUACAUCGUGUUUGAAGGUAGUUACAUCGUGUUAGAAGGUAGUUACAUCGUGUUAGAAGGUAGUUACAUCGUGUUAGAAGGUGGUUACAUCGUGUUAGAAGGUGGUUACAUCGUGUUAGAAGGUGGUUACAUCGUGUUAGAAGGGGGUUACAUCGUGUUAGAAGGUGGUUACAUCGUGUUAGAAGGUGGUUACAUCGUGUUAGAAGGUGGUUACAUCGUGUUAGAAGGUGGUUACAUCGUGUUAGAAGGUAGUUACAUCGUGUUAGAAGGUAGUUACAUCGUGUUAGAAGGUGGUUACAUCGUGUUAGAAGGUGGUUACAUCGUGUUAGAAGGUGGUUACAUCGUGUUAGAAGGUGGUUACAUCGUGUUAGAAGGUAGUUACAUCGUGUUAGAAGGUAGUUACAUCGUGUUAGAAGGUGGUUACAUCGUGUUAGAAGGUGGUUACAUCGUGUUAGAAGGUAGUUACAUCGUGUUAGAAGGUAGUUACAUCGUGUUAGAAGGUGGUUACAUCGUGUUAGAAGGUGGUUACAUCGUGUUAGAAGGUGGUUACAUCGUGUUAGAAGGUGGUUACAUCGUGUUAGAAGGUGGUUACAUCGUGUUAGAAGGUGGUUACAUCGUGUUAGAAGGUGGUUACAUCGUGUUAGAAGGUGGUUACAUCGUGUUAGAAGGUGGUUACAUCGUGUUAGAAGGUGGUUACAUCGUGUUAGAAGGUGGUUACAUCGAGUUAGAAGGUGGUUACAUCGAGUUAGAAGGUAGUUACAUCGUGUUAGAAGGUAGUUACAUCGUGUUAGAAGGUGGUUACAUCGUGUUAGAAGGUGGUUACAUCGUGUUAGAAGGUGGUUACAUCGUGUUAGAAGGUGGUUACAUCGUGUUAGAAGGUAGUUACAUCGAGUUAGAAGAUGGUUACAUCGAGUUAGAAGGUGGUUACAUCGAGUUAGAAGGUGGUUACAUCGAGUUAGAAGAUGAAGGUAGUUACAUCGAGUUAGAAGAUGGUUACAUCGAGUUAGAAGGUGGUUACAUCGAGUUAGAAGGUGGUUACAUCGAGUUAGAAGAUGGUUACAUCGAGUUAGAAGGUGGUUACAUCAAGUUAGAAGGUGGUUACAUCGAGUUAGAAGGUGGUUACAUCGAGUUAGAAGGUGGUUACAUCGUGUUAGAAGGUGGUUACAUCGAGUUAGAAGGUGGUUACAUCGUGUUAGAAGGUGGUUACAUCGUGUUAGAAGGUGGUUACAUCGUGUUAGAAGGUGGUUACAUCGUGUUAGAAGGUGGUUACAUCGUGUUAGAAGGUGGUUACAUCGUGUUAGAAGGUGGUUACAUCGUGUUAGAAGGUAGUUACAUCGUGUUAGAAGGUAGUUACAUCGUGUUAGAAGGUGGUUACAUCGUGUUAGAAGGUGGUUACAUCGUGUUAGAAGGUGGUUACAUCGUGUUAGAAGGUGGUUACAUCGUGUUAGAAGGUAGUUACAUCGUGUUAGAAGGUGGUUACAUCGUGUUAGAAGGUGGUUACAUCGUGUUAGAAGGUGGUUACAUCGUGUUAGAAGAUGGUUACAUCGUGUUAGAAGAUGGUUAUAUCGUGUUAGAAGGUAGUUACAUCGUGUUAGAAGGUAGUUACAUCGUGUUAGAAGGUAGUUACAUCGUGUUAGAAGAUGGUUAUAUCGUGUUAGAAGAUGGUUACAUCGUGUUAGAAGGUGGUUACAUCGAGUUAGAAGGUGGUUACAUCGAGUUAGAAGAUGGUGGUUACAUCGAGUUAGAAGAUGGUUACAUCGAGUUAGAAGAUGGUUACAUCGUGUUAGAAGGUGGUUACAUCGUGUUAGAAGGUGUUUACAUCGAGUUAGAAGAUGGUUACAUCGUGUUAGAAGGUGGUUACAUCGUGUUAGAAGGUGGUUACAUCGUGUUAGAAGGUGGUUACAUCGUGUUUGAAGAUGGUUACAUCGUGUUAGAAGGUGGUUACAUCGAGUUAGAAGAUGGUUACAUCGUGUUAGAAGGUGGUUACAUCGUGUUAGAAGGUGGUUACAUUGUGUUAGAAGGUGGUUACAUUGUAUUACAAGGUGGUUACAUCGUGUUAGAAGGUGGUUACAUUGUGUUAGAAGGUAGUUACAUUAUGUUAGAAGGUGGUUACAUUAUGUUACAAGGUGGUUACAUCGUGUUACAAGGUGGUUACAUCGUGUUACAAGGUGGUUACAUUAUGUUACAAGGUGGUUACAUUAUGUUACAAGGUGGUUACAUCGUGUUAAAAGAUGUUACAACUUGA